AUAGAUCCCACCAUGGAUCCUAUUUUAGGUUAACAUUCUGGAAAAACCAGUGGUAUCUGUAUACAAUGUAAUUAUAGCAUUGCGAAAGGGAACAUUGAAUUUGAUACACAUUCAUGACGCCUUGAAAGAUUGAACACUGUGAGUUGGGAUUGUUGAGAAGCCGGGAAUCCAUAUUGCUAUACAUGGAGGCUGAUGGAGGUAUACUUGCACAAGCCCAAGUGGCAGUCACACAGACGGAGCGAUAUCCCAGGUCAGAAAAACACUUCCCCAUGAAAAUGUCUCAUCAUGUAAACGGCUCAGGCCCAGAGGAUCGAACAGAAUGUCAGAUCGCGGCCAUGGCUGUGUUGGCAGAUGGGAAGCUGGUAGUCUUUGAUGAACGAAACCGAACACUGAAAGCGUUCUCGAAAAACGGCCGCAGAGUUGUGACAUUUGGAGAUGAGAUCCGGAAUUGUCGCGACAUAACUGCCGUAGAACAUAAAGAUAGAUUUGCGAUAACUGAAGAUAAUAAGGAGUUCAUCAGACACUUUUCUAUAAAAGAAAAGCUAAUCAAGGAGAAAAGGGAGAUAAUUCGUUUACCGGGGAGGGGAUACCAUUGCAAAUAUGCUCAUCAUCAUUACUGUGUUACCUGUGACGUCAGUGACGCUAACUUCCGCUCAUUGGCCGUAAUCAAUGACCGGGGACACCCAAGACGUCUGAAACUUCCUGACAUCGAAGUUUCGCAGAUUGCAAUGCACCCGAAGUCUAAUGAGGUCUAUUUAUCGGAUUACAAAAACCAAACUAUCUUCUGUGUAAACUUCGACGGGCAAAAUUUGUCUGUAACCCCGCUCCAAAAGCUAAAUUUCAGUCCGUUCGGCAUUAGUGUUGUGGCCUCAUCGUAUCUCUUUGUCUGCAAUGCUGAAACAAAGACGGUUUUGAAAUUUAAACCACGUGGGGAGUCAAGAGAAAGCGCUGUAGAGGAACUUCCGGAUGUAGAGUGCUCGGGAUUUAUCAGCAGUCACCCCCAAAACAGUCUGGUGUACAUGACGAGUGUUACAAAUGGUAUCACCGCCUUCAAAAUCAAUUCAGAAAAAAUCAAAUAUGAGGGAUUUAACCAUGAACUCUGAGAUUUGAAUUGACUGAAAUUAUUCUGAAGAGAGCCAAACACGAACUGUCCGUGUAAAAACUAUUUUCGACAGUAAAUAAAAUAAAAUGUGAAAUUAAAAAA